GCUUUGUAGACGAGGAAAAUACGAGAGUAAAGCGAAAGGAGUAGAAACGAAGACCAUAGGUAAUUCAGGUCCAAGUGAAAAGUUGAGCAGAGUAUUUGAGCAAAUAAGAGAUUCUUUCAAACACUUGACAUCAUGAGCUCUGUAACCCUUGAGAAAACAGUAACAGUGAAGACAGAGGGAGCCACCCCGUGGAAGAAGUGUCAACACGGAGAUCAACACAUCCACAGAGACGACGUGAGGCAAAUCUGGAAGGAUUGCAAGGAAGAGAGCUUCUGGUAUAGAGCUCUUCCCCUCUCUCUGGGAAGCAUGGCUGUCACUGGGGGGCUCAUCUACAAAAGAGUUUGGAGUGCAUCAAAGAGACUUGGCCCAUUCCCAAAACUAGCAGCGGCUGGUGUCCUUGGUUAUGCAGUGGGGAAGGCUUCGUAUGUUACAACCUGCAGAAAUAAGUUCCAGAGACUUGGGCCCGUCUUUGGUCCAGAAUCUGAAUAUGGUUUUGGACCCGGCCCAUUUGGAGGGCGUGGUUCUGGCCCAGGACACAGAUACUGCCACCACGUGUGUGAAGAGUGUAAGCAACAGCAAGCCCCUGCUGCACCAAUAGAGGGUGUGCAAAGCUAAAACACACACAGUCUACACCCAAAGUUUGUGUACUCAAUUCUAAUGAUCCUGGUCUGUUCUCCCCCAAGUAUGUUUUACAAACCUUGGGAGUCCAAUUCAGGCGAUGCAUUGCAAAUGGACAUGAAGUAAUGAUUUUGUAAAAGUUCUACCAAAAAUAAAAAUGGUGUUUUUACCUCAGUUAAAUACCUUGA